AUGUAUGAAUGUUCUACUGACAAAUUGGGGUACAGGACAAGAAGAGCGUUGCAGCUUCACCUUCAAAUAGUGCCUUUACAGGUUGUGCAGGAAUACGAACGAGCGGUUAUAUUUCGUCUGGGACGACUUAUGCCCGGUGGAGCAAAGGGGCCCGGAAUAUUCUUUAUUGUUCCAUGUAUUGACACAUAUAGAAAGGUGGAUUUACGAGUUCUUUCAUUUGAAGUACCCCCUCAAGAGAUAUUGUCCAAAGAUUCAGUCACUGUAGCUGUAGACGCAGUCGUAUACUUCCGGAUAUCAAAUGCAACCAUAUCGGUGACAAACGUAGAGGAUGCAGCGCGUUCGACAAAAUUGCUAGCACAAACCACGCUGAGAAAUAUUCUAGGAACGAAAACAUUAGCCGAGAUGCUUUCCGAUCGCGAAGCGAUUUCACACCAAAUGCAGACAACGCUAGAUGAAGCAACGGAGCCCUGGGGGGUGAAAGUUGAACGGGUAGAAGUCAAAGACGUUCGCCUGCCUGUGCAGCUGCAGAGAGCUAUGGCUGCAGAAGCUGAAGCUGCGCGAGAAGCAAGAGCCAAGGUCAGUCAUGCAGUGAUGAGCUAA